AUGUCCACCCAAAGUCGGAAUACAGCUUCACAAACCGGACGCUUCUCCCGGGCAUCACCUGGCAUACACGACAAAUGGCGCGACCGUGUCCUCGCCGCCGCCGGAGAACAAGAGGAGGCCCUUUAUAAGCACGCUUGGAGCCUCCCUGAAGACCUGUCCGACCUGGAAUCUCAUGGGCUUCGCGCUCGAAGCUGGCUGAUAGUUGCAGCUUCCUGCCCACUCCUCCAUGAGCACGUGCCGCCACCAGUCCAGUUCCUGGUCAUUCCGGCUAAUGAUCUUGCGAGUAAUGGGGUGGAAAUCCUUAUAAUAACCCCGAAACUCAUCGAUGCUGACACUUCCUUCUGA